AGUGGAACGAAUUCGGCGAUUGCAUAUCUUUAUUUUGAAAAUAACAUGAUCACAGAAAGCCGAGUUAUUUCGGAUAAACUAAACUCACUGUUUGGAAAAUAUAGUAUUACAUUAUAUUUCAUGCCCUUCGACUCGAAUCAGUUUACUUGAAAUUGGAAAAUUUUGAAUUUGGAUAAAUUCUUCGUAUUUAAAUUUAAUUAUCGUGCAAUAUGAUAAGAUGGCCGUUCCCAGUUCUCUGCAUUUGCUGCAUUUUAUACUCCAUGAUCCAUCCGCAUGGGCUACUAGCAGCGUCGGUCUACCGUGUCCAGCUACCAGGAGACAUCGACGAGUCGCUCAGGCAGCCCACCCCGAUAGCCGGUAAUAUCACGGAUUCUCACGGGCAGUCAUUUCGAGAGUCAACGGGGGGCCGUAAAUUGUUCCAGUUCAGUUAUAAGCGAGGAGGCGGCGAUGGAAAGCGGCGAGUUACAGAAGAUCUUUCCAAGGAGCGUCCUCGUGGCACGAACGAGUCGCUCCAGCCUCAGCCGUCCCAUGUUGACUUUGAGAGACCAAGGAUAGGUAAGAAUGCGACGAACCGUGAACCGGAGCCUACGCGCCUGGGCAUGCGCAGCGAAAUUUCCACGGUGGUCACUACUAGCGGAAAAAACAACCAGGGCAGCGGCAGGCGAGAGGGUAGCGCAGAAAAGCGGCAAGCUAUAGGAGAUCGCUCCUCUUGGCCCAAGGAGCUAACCUUGCCACUGGCUCGCGGAAUAGCCCACCUGGCCAGGCGAGUAGAUAACCCCUGGUAUGUCACCUACCCCAAUGUGUGGCAUGACACUCGCCUCGCUGCUAAGCAGCUGAGCCGGAUUCCCCGAAUCCACUUGGCGUCGUCGCCAAGCGUAAACUACUAUCCCGACGAUCAGAAGCUUCAAAGCGUGUGCAAAACUAAGUCGACCAUGUUUUAUAAUUACUCUUCUUUCCGAUGGAAUCAAAGGACGAAGUGGAGAUAUUCUCGCCGCCAUACUUACGAUAAGGCAUUCAGUUACAGACGGAUUCACGAUAGGACAAGAGCAUGGAUUCAGGACUUACAGUGCCACACACACGAAAAAUUGAAAAUAACGGUCUUGGAACAUCUAGAUUGCGUCUUAAAGGCCUAUCAAUUAAUGGAAUACGACAUACCAUUUUAUCCAUUGCAUCAGAACGGAUGAAACUAUACAGCGAUGGAUACUGGAAGAGCUCCUGAAUUCUCAUAAUAAUACCUAAUAAAUGUGAUAAAUUUUUGUCUGCCCUUGGGCGUUUCGUGUUUCUGGAUUGCGCGCAUCAUUUGCCUAAUCGCCGAAUUAUAAAAGCGGGGGAAAUGGAAGUCUACUCAAAUCCUAAUGCAUCCACCUGAUCCCACAACGGGUGUGUGGUGUCCCACUUUAAUCUUAACUAAUAAUCUUUAUAUUUCACGCGCUACCUACAACUUGUAGUUCCUGUAAUCGUUCGAGCCCAUGUGUUGGAAUCGAGAACAGCAGCUUGUCAGUGAAGCUGGGAGCCCGAUGCCUUAUCGUUUUGCAAACUCUCAGCCUGUGCUGGUUCUUUCUCGCGUACAUACUGAUCGUAUCUGAUCAGUUUUUGAAACGUGGCCAACGAAGAUGCAGGUUCUGCCGCUGGCUAUGCUACUACUCUGGGCAAAGGCAAUCCCAAUGGCCCCAAAUGUUUGGGCCGAAUUCUGCGAUAAUGGAACCGGAGAGUGCAGAGAUUUGACCGCGGCUGACUGCCCGACAGUCUUCAACAACCUGGCCGCCAUUGGGCGCGCCCUCAAGUACUGCGAUAAGUUCAACCACAUCGUUUGCUGUCCCCUGGCUCUGAAUGUUCAGAUCCAGAAACAGACCGUGAAUCCGGUCAAAAGCAGCAGAAGAUUCGAAAGGGAAUGUCGUCGCUUCAAUGAGAUAAGGGCCUCCUGCCGCACCACUCCAUUGAUUGUAGGCGGAACGAAGGCCGCUGGCCGAGAGUUCCCCUUCAUGGCCCUGCUCGGGCAACGCCAGAGGGGAAGUACGACCAUCGACUGGGACUGCGGAGGGUCUUUGAUCCAUCCCAAGUUCAUUCUCACCGCCGCCCAUUGCCUGGAGACAAACGAGAAGAAGGAGGAGCGCCUGGAUCCCAAUUUCGAUUCUCCGAAAUAUGUUGUGCGGCUGGGAGAACUUGACCACAAGAACGAUACCGACGAUGCCCGGCCUCAGGACUUCCGGGUGGUCAAUUAUGUAGUGCAUCCUUCCUACGAUGAGGAGGAUAACGGCAGCCGCAAGAACGACAUUGCACUCGUGGAACUGGACAGGGCGGCAGUCCUUGACGAGUAUGUGGCGCCUGCCUGCCUGCCGCCCUCCAGUGGCAACGAGCAUCUUCAGCUAAUGGCCGCCGGCUGGGGAGCCGUCAAGGAGGGUGGACGAUCCUCCUCGCACCUGCUCAAGGUGAGCCUGGAGCGUUUCAGCGAAGAGCAGUGCAGCCGGCGACUGGAGCACCAUAUCGACAUACGCACCCAACUGUGUGCAGGCUCCCGGUCCAGCAAUGCCGACACCUGCUACGGCGACUCCGGCGGCCCCGUCUUUGUGCAGCACUCGUCAUUCGCCUGCCUCAAGCAGGUCAUAGGCAUCACCUCGUACGGCCUAGUAUGCGGCGAGAAGGGCCUGCCCAGCGUCUACACCAAGGUGCACCUGUUCACGGACUGGAUCGAGAGCAUUGUGUGGGGCGAAUAGAACAGACAGACGCGUGGACGUAACCGCAUUUCGUAUCAAAAUCGAUUGUGUUAUCUUUAAUCAAACAUUGCAGUAACAAAAUGUAUAACAAAUAA